AUGCAACUAGCUACAGUAUACCCUCCAUACACCCGUUCCGCCAUAGCCAGUGUCAUUCGAGCCAGAACCCUUUCACAGGCAUCUGGAAUCGUUAUUAUCGACGAAUAUGAUCGCAAACCCCUUCUUGACGCACUCGAGGAUGCGGACCUCAUCAUCAUAGACCCCGAGUCCCACCCCUACGUUACCGACGAUGUCAUACACAGAUACAUCAAUGAAUUCACAUUCCUUUUCGACCUUAUGACCCACUCGAACCUUCGCCUAGUCACAAUGGAUGUUCUCGAUGCACUAGAUGACAUUGCAUCUCUCCAUGCUUCCUUGGAUUUCGCCAAUCUCCGCGAGGAUGCUGGCCGACUCAUCCACGGUUGGACGUGCCUUCUCAUCAGUCCCGACUUUGGGGCCGUUCCUCCCAUCAUCCACACCAUGAAACUCUGUCUCCUCCCACCGCUGUACGUCUUAAGGCAAGGCCGCAAGGCGAAGUUCACAGUGGUAACCCCUUUCCACAAACAGUGA